AAAACUGAAUGCUCUGUGUAACUAAAAAAAAAAUCCACGGUAGUUACCCCAGCCCUGCGAUUUUUUUUUAUCGCCAUGUGUCAAAGUUGUUAUUGUUUACGUUUUCUUCAACGAGUGACGUGUAUUUUCAUAGACGGUAUUUUGGUGGUCCUCUGUUCUAAUUAGUUAAAAAGAACCUAAAAUUGUAUUAAAAGCUCGGAAUGAAGCUGGAAAUACUGUUGCUUUUAACAGUCACUUCAAUCACCACAACUGAGACUGGUAAAGACAAAAAAGUGUUUGUUCCUACCAAUGAAUGGAAGGUAAUUGAUGAAGGACAAUCGAUACCCGCUGGCCUACAUGUAAGAAUUAAUUUACAGACGGGAAGAAAGGAAGCUAAAUUAUUGGAUGCGGAAGAUCGGUCAGAGGAAAAAAAUUCUGCCUUGAUGAUGUCAGCGGUUUCGCAUGAUGACACCGAAAGACCGAACGAUGAUCCUACUUCCACUCACUCUCGACUGAAAGAUGCACUCAAAAAUAUCCCGGACGAAGGAUUCGAAUAUUCGGAAGAGAAACUGAAGGAAAUAACGAAAAAAUUCAGAACCUACGAGAACAUCAAAGAAGAGUUUGAGGAGAUGAACAUGAAAAUCAAAAGCGACUUUCAGCUGAUGUCUGAUCUACUCGUGAAAUAUCAGUCAAUCGAAGACAAAUUGGAUUUGAACGAGUACCGAGCGUUGUUCGAAGACUUGGAUUAUUUGCUCCAUCAAAUCGACAACGCAAAUGAUUUUGUCACAGCUGGUGGACUGGACACUAUUAUACUGCCGAAUCUCAGCAAUCAAACCGUUCCCGAAUUGAGAAUUCAUUCCGUUAAAUUGCUGGGAAUAUUGGUGCAAAACAAUCCGAAAGGCCAAAUUGCGGCAUUCGAGAAAAACGUCGGUUCGAUUCUGUUCCAAAUGCUGGCUCAAUCAGCCAACAUCAGUACGAGUGAACUGUCAUCGUUAAUGUUCGCCAUCGGCGGAUUGCUGAGAAAGUUUCCAUUGGCGCAAGCGGAGUUGUUGAGCAGUCCCGGGCUGAAGAUUCUGGUUGAUUUACUCGGUAAGCCGAUUGAUUAUAAAAUUAAAAUGAAAUGCUUGUUGCUGCUGGCGGAUCUGAUUCGGGAAUACGAUGAGAUAGCCGGAAAUGUGGGUGCCAGUAAAACGAAGGUCAACCAAGCGACCGAUAUUAAAAGUAGACUCGUGACAACGGAAUAUUGUACGAUUAUGAUUGAUCUGAUGCUGAUCCAUCGUCAGGAUUAUUUGGAAAGUUUGUAUAUUGCGGACGACAUGUUAAACGUGCUUAUUUUGUCAAAAGAAGUUUGUGAACCGCACUGGAGUGGGAGCUCAAUUUUUCGACACACACUGCUGGCGAUAAAAACUAAUUUCGAACAGCAAAAAAAUGGAACCGAUUUCGAUAAUUUCGAACUGAAUGGAAUUGUUGAGAAAUUAGAUCGUUUACAGACAUUUUGGUCCGAUCACGGGGCGAUCAAUGACGAACUUUGAAUUUUGAAAAUUUGUUCA